GCACUUUAAUCAGGUUGGUGGUGAUAUAUAUUAACUCAAACUAAGCUUUUCUUAAACACAGGUAUUAAUUGAAUAUUUUUCCAAGUGAAAAUGACCAAUUUUUUUAUAUAAAAAAUAUUUUCGUGUCUUCCAAGUAUUGGAAAAAGCCAUGGUCAAGAAGUGCAACAACUUUCUCACUUUAUAUUUGUUUUUUUCCUUCUUCCCUGCUUCUUUUUAGCAACUGAUUUUGGGGAUGAGACAAGGGAGAUUGGUGAGAAUCAAGCAAUAGCUGGGGUGGUAUUGUGGUCUUUGAGUUUGAGCUGAAGUCUUGUGACCAUGGCUUCUUCUUGGAUCACAUGCAUCUACUUCAUGUUCAAGCUCUGUGAUUUCCGAGGAGACAUCUCUUCCAUCCAUGUUUCAAUGGAUGAGAUUCAUUUUCCUGUCUCCGUGUCCUCAAAGAGCUCUGUUAUCCUUUGUUGAUUUGUUGUUUCUGCUCUCCCUCUUGGUCUUUGCCCUGCAAAAGCUCUAUUCGAGACUUGGAAGCAAUGCUCAUCCAGGUUCUGACGUUAACAAGCCACUGAUCAGAGGCAACAGGGCCUCUUCCAGAACUACAAUAUGGUUUAAACUCUCUUUGGCUGUAACUGUUAUUUUGGCGUUCUGUUAUAUUAUCGUCUGCAUUCUGGGAUUCAGUAGUGGUGCCCUGUCGCCAUGGAAUCAGGUGGAUGGACUAUUCUGGUUGGUUCAAGCCAUAACUCAUGCAGUGAUUGCUAUCUUAAUCAUCUAUGAGAAGAGAUUCGAAGCUGUCAUUCAUCCACUCUCUCUUCGAAUUUAUUGGGUGGUGAACUUCAUCAUCAUUUCAUUGUUUACAGCAUCUGGGAUAAUUCGUUUGGUGUCAGUUGAUGCAACUCAGGUUGAAAAUUUGAGGUUGGAUGACAUAGUUUCAGUGGUUUCUUUUCCAUUAUCAACUCUUCUUCUUUUUGUUGCUAUUAAAGGAUCAACUGGGAUAACAGUGAGCAGAGAAUCUGAACCAGAAAUGGUAGAAGAAACUAAUUUGCUUGAACCCCUUUUGAGCAAAGCAAACGUGAGUGGCUUUGCUUCUGCUUCUGUAAUAUCUAAGGCGUUUUGGAUUUGGAUGAAUCCUCUUCUAAGUAAAGGAUACAAAUCCCCUCUUUCCAAGGAGGAAGUCCCAUCUCUUUCGCCAGAGCACAGGGCUGAGAAGAUGUCAAAGCUGUUUGAAUCAAAUUGGCCAAAGCCUCAUGAAAAAUCUAAGCACCCUGUUAGAACCACAUUGCUUCGUUGCUUUUGGAAGGAAGUAGCCUUUACUGCUUUCCUUGCUAUUAUACGGCUCUGUGUCAUGUAUGUAGGUCCUGUUCUCAUCCAAAGUUUUGUGGACUACACUGCUGGCAAGAGAAGCUCUUCCUAUGAAGGAUAUUACCUUAUACUGAUUCUUCUAGUUGCAAAGUCUACUGAAGUUUUAUGCACUCACCAAUUUAACUUCAACUCUCAGAAACUUGGGAUGCUCAUUCGUGCUACCCUUAUCACUAAUUUGUACAAGAAGGGAUUGAGGUUAACUUGCUCUGCUCGCCAAGAUCAUGGGGUUGGACAGAUAGUGAAUUACAUGGCUGUGGAUGCCCAGCAGCUAUCUGAUAUGAUGUUACAGCUACAUGCUAUAUGGUUGACACCUUUGCAAGUAGCUGUUGCCUUGGUGCUACUGUAUAGGUACCUUGGUGCUACAAUAAUCACAUCAGUGUUUGGACUUCUUGGUGUUCUUAUCUUUGUUAUAAUGGGCACCAGGAGGAACAACCGUUUCAAUUUCAAUGUGAUGAAGAAUCGUGACUCAAGAAUGAAGGCAACAAAUGAGAUGCUUAAUUAUAUGCGAGUGAUAAAGUUCCAGGCAUGGGAGGAACAUUUCAGUAAGAGAAUCUUAUCUUUCCGUGAAACAGAGUUUUCAUGGCUGUCCAAAUUCCUGUACUCAGUCUCUGGGAAUAUAAUAGUGAUGUGGUCCACACCAUUGCUCAUAUCAACCCUCACAUUUGGUACUGCAAUUCUUCUAGGAGUGCCUCUAGAUGCGGGGACAGUGUUCACAGCCACCACAAUCUUUAAGAUCUUGCAGGAGCCCAUCAGAGCUUUCCCACAGUCCUUGAUCUCACUUUCACAAGCAAUAAUAUCGUUGGAAAGAUUGGAUAAAUAUAUGAUGAGCCGGGAAUUGAUGGAUGAAUCAGUGGAGAGACAAGAAAGCUGUGAUGGUAGCAUUGCUGUGGAGGUUAAAGAUGGGAAGUUUAGGUGGGAUGAUGAAAAUGGUGAGGAGGUGUUGAAAAAUAUAAAUUUGGAGGUCAAGAAAGGGAAGCUUACUGCUAUUGUUGGGACUGUUGGAUCUGGGAAGUCGUCUCUCCUGGCUUCAAUACUUGGUGAGAUGCACAAGAUAUCUGGCAAGGUCACAGUUUGUGGUACAACUGCCUACGUAGCUCAAACGUCAUGGAUUCAAAAUGGGACAAUUCAAGAGAAUAUCCUAUUUGGUUUGCCAAUGAAUGGGGAGAAAUACAAAGAGGUUAUCAGGGUUUGUUGUUUGGAGAAAGAUUUGGAAAUGAUGGAGUAUGGGGAUCAGACUGAAAUUGGAGAACGGGGCAUCAACCUCAGUGGUGGCCAAAAGCAGCGGAUACAACUUGCAAGGGCUGUUUAUCAGGAUUGUGACAUCUACUUUCUUGAUGAUGUCUUUAGUGCUGUUGAUGCUCAUACUGGAUCAGAUAUAUUUAAGCUGUUUAUUGUGUUCACCAGUUUUAGUGAUAGACAUAUCCUACAACUUCUUGUGCUUGUUAACUUCUUGCACAAUGUUGAUCUUAUCUUGGUGAUGCGAGAUGGGAUGAUAGUGCAGUCGGGAAAGUAUGAUAAUUUGCUAAAUUCUGGCAUGGAUUUCGGAGCUCUUGUAGCUGCACAUGAAACAUCCAUGGAACUUGUAGAAGUAGGCGCCACCAAUCCUGGUGAAAAUUCCUCAAAAUUAACAAAUUCUGCUUCUAAUGUUGGGGAAGCAAAUGGUGAAACUAAGUCCCUAGAUCAUCCAAAGCCUGAUAAAGGGAACUCCAGGCUUAUCAAAGAUGAAGAAAGGGAAACUGGAAAAGUCAGUUUACGUGUGUAUAAAUUAUACUGCACUGAGGCUUUUGGCUGGUGGGGUGUUGCUGCAGUAUUGCUAGUAUCUUUGACAUGGCAAGCCUCUAUAAUGGCUGGGGAUUAUUGGUUAUCACAUGAAACUUCAGCAGAGGGUGCUGCAUCAUUCAACCCUUCCACAUUCAUUUCUGUCUAUGGAAUCAUUGCAGCUGUAUCUGUUGUACUGAUAGUGUGUAGAGCUUUCUUUGUUACAAUUAUGGGGCUUAAGACGGCACAAAUAUUUUUCAGACAAAUUCUUCAAAGCAUCUUGCAUGCUCCAAUGUCCUUUUUUGACACUACACCUUCAGGAAGAAUUCUAAGUCGGGCAUCAACUGAUCAGACCAAUGUUGAUAUCUUCAUUCCCUUCGUUAUGGGGUUAGCUGUUGCCAUGUACAUUACUCUGCUCAGCAUCUUCAUCAUCACUUGUCAAUAUUCGUGGCCAACAAUUUUCUUGAUAAUUCCUCUCGGCUGGCUGAAUUUCUGGUAUAGGGGAUAUUAUCUUGCAUCAUCUCGUGAAUUAACACGUCUUGAUUCAAUCACUAAAGCACCUGUCAUCCAUCACUUCUCAGAAAGCGUUUCUGGGGUUAUGACAAUCCGCUCUUUCAGAAAGCAGGAUAAGUUUUGUGAGGAAAAUAUUAACCGUGUAAAUUCAAAUUUGCGUAUGGAUUUUCACAACAAUGGAUCAAAUGAGUGGUUAGGUUUCCGUUUGGAACUGCUUGGGAGUCUCGUCCUCUGUUUUUCUGCAGUAUUCAUGAUCUUGUUGCCUAGCAGUAUCAUAAAGCCAGAGAAUGUUGGUUUAUCUCUCUCCUAUGGGAUGUCCCUCAAUAGUGUGUUGUUUUGGGCCAUAUAUGUUAGCUGCUUCGUUGAAAACAGGAUGGUUUCCGUGGAAAGGAUAAGGCAGUUUUCGAGUAUUCCAUCAGAAGCCGCAUGGCACCUUAAAGAUCAUCUUCCCCCUCCGAAUUGGCCAGCCAGCGGUAAUAUUGAGCUCAUAGACCUGCAGGUUAGAUAUCGACCAAACACUCCCCUGGUAAUCAAAGGCAUUACUUUAAACAUUAAUGGGGGUGAGAAGAUUGGUAUUGUGGGCCGGACAGGAAGUGGGAAGUCAACUUUAAUCCAAGUUUUCUUCAGGCUGGUGGAACCGACUGGAGGGAGAAUAAUUAUUGAUGGCAUUGAUAUCUGCACAUUAGGGCUUCAUGAUAUUAGGUCACGCUUCAGUAUCAUUCCUCAAGAACCUGUCCUUUUUGAAGGAACUGUGAGAAGCAAUAUUGAUCCAAUAGGACAAUAUUCUGAUGAAGAAAUUUGGAAGAGCCUUGAGCGCUGCCAACUUAAAGAUGUGGUGGCUUCGAAACCUGAUAAACUCGAUUCUUUAGUGGCUGAUAGUGGAGAUAAUUGGAGUGUGGGGCAGAGGCAGCUACUAUGUCUAGGAAGAGUUAUGCUGAAGCGCAGCAGGCUAUUGUUCCUAGAUGAAGCAACUGCAUCCGUGGAUUCACAAACUGAUGCCGUGAUCCAAAGGAUCAUAAGGGAAGACUUUGCUGCCUGCACAAUCAUCAGCAUUGCUCACAGAAUUCCCACAGUCAUGGAUUGUGACAGGGUUUUAGUUGUAGAUGCAGGAAGGGUAAAAGAAUUUGACUCUCCAUCCCACUUGCUUGAGAGGCGAUCCCUUUUUGCUGCAUUAGUUCAGGAGUAUGCCAACCGCGCUGCUGGACUGUAGGCAGGGAGAAACUCUGUUGAACUUGUAUCGCUACCUUGGAUUCCCCUGCUAUAUCAAUGGCAGUAGAUCUUCUCGAGUAUAUCUACUGAAAAUGCCAGAAGUAAAAUCAAGCUGAUGAUUAGAUCACUUUGAGAUGCCAUAAAGAGAAGUAAAUAACCUUCUCAGCUUGUUGCUCGAAUGAAGCAGAUGUUAAUAUGUUAUUUUCAAAUUAUAGUUCAUAUUAAUAAAAAAAGUAUAAGCAAUUUAUGCUUUUGGAAAUUGGGAACUUCUAUUUGUAUUUUUUUUUUUUAUAUUGGUUGUAUAACAAAAAACGACCAUCUCA